CGACUAUUUAGGCACCAUCCGUUUCACAACUUGCACAGCCUUCUGACUAAAGGAGACGAGAAUGAUCAAUGCCACCAUAUUGUUCGUUCUCGUGUUUGCCGGACAGAAUAGUCCUGUUUUGGAGGCUGCUGGACCAGACUCAACAGCUGGACAACCGACAACGUCGGCGACAAUCACUAAAACGCUCGCCCAAAUCGGAUCCUUGAAGUUUAUGAUGGAGUUCGUUUUGCAAAAGAUGUAUGCAGUAGGUGGCAAGGAAGAUAAGGAAGAGAUUGUGAGACGCAUACAAAAUGUCUGGAAACUAGACAUACAAACAGUUGAAUAUGUGGUGCACAACAGCGUGAGGAAGGAGUUUAUGGACUAUAAUAAGUGGUUGACCUGCGAAGAUGUCAAAAAGGGAGUACUUGACCUAAUGGCGGUUAAGAAAGUACAAAUUAUUGGCCUCUUAUCUUUGACAAAUGUGGAAGCAGCACAAGCUCUUAUAGAUGGAAAAAAAGAUAAAGAUAACCAGUUAGAAGCUAUUGCGAGGGAUGAUCUUUCUACACGACUGGAAACAGCAUUCGGUGACUGUACAACGCUGACAGGGGGAAUCUCAACCCUCGACGAAGCUAUAACAAGUGCAUGAACCAGAGAACUUAGAUGAAGGUGACGUAAUAAAUUUAAU